AUCCCAGCAUAGAAACACUUUACAAAGAGCACACCACCAAACCACAUCUAUUCAUAGUAUACAUGUGCAGUUUGCCUCACUGUUAAUACUGUGCAUGUUUGACGUGACAGUGUCAGUACGGUAGCGCGCAAGAUUUCAUCGCGUUUGGCUUUGGAAAGUUUUUUGACAGCGGGUUUCCAGACCACCCUCCCCUUACUCCCCAGUGGAUUGAUUCAUAUAGCAGGAAAUCCCCUGCAUCCUCUUCUCCUGUGUGAGUUUGUGUGUCGGACGGUAUAUGAUGAAGAUCUCAUCAUAAGGAGCCGGGCAUCAUGAGCAUCCACCAGGGCUUGGAAACCUGGAGGCUCAUGGGCGCGCUGCGCGCUUUUGCGCUUCUGUUAGUGGCACUGAUAUCUGACAGCUCCAGUCAUCCUUCACCCGACGGGAGGCGAUUGAAAAGUACGCUUACCAAACAGGAGCAUUAUCACACUAUGGUACCACUACUGCUGGAGGGAACAAAGGAACGACCAAUUAGCUGGCUCCGUUCCAGGAUUCCUCCCGCUUCACUGCGCAUCCUGAUCCAAACAGAAGGACAGCGAUUGGUUUUGUCUGUGGAGAAGAACCACGGCCUGUUUGCGAGCCAUUACACUGAAACGCACUACAAGGGGGAUGGACAAACCGUUACAAACACUCACAACUCUACGAUGAAUUGCUAUUACCAUGGCGAGGUCCAAGGGCACAGGUUUUCUGAUGUCAGCCUCAGUACAUGCUCUGGGAUCAGAGGUUUCAUCUUACUUGAAAAUACAACACUGAUGGUGGAACCAGCUUUUGAGCCAGCAAACGACACGCAUGUGAUCUACGAAGGACAACACCUACAUUUACCUUCUGGAACCUGCGGCCAUGGACACAACAUAUCUACUGUCAGCCAUACCAGCGUUGGAGGACUUCCACAAUCACUAAAUACAAGGCAUAAGAGGGACGUCCAGAAGACCACCAAAUAUGUAGAACUCAUCAUUGUAGCAGACAACAGAGAGUUUCAGAAACAAGGGAAAGAUGUGGAGAAGGUCAAGCAGAGGCUAGCUGAGAUCGCCAAUUACGUAGACAAGUUUUAUAGGGUGCUUAAUAUUCGUGUAGCUCUUGUGGGACUGGAAGUAUGGAGUGAUGCUGAUAAGUGUACUGUGACCCAAGACCCCUUCUCAACUCUGCAUGAGUUUCUGGACUGGAGAAAAUUUAAACUGCUGCCACAGCGGCCACAUGAUAACGCUCAACUUAUUAGUGGGGUUUAUUUCCAGGGCACCACGAUAGGCAUGGCUCCCAUCAUGAGUAUGUGUACAGCAGAGCAGUCAGGAGGCAUCGUCAUGGAUCACUCCGACAAUCCUCUGGGAGCUGCUGUGACUUUGGCUCAUGAGUUGGGCCACAACUUCGGAAUGAACCACGAUACUCCAGAGCGCGGGUGCGGCUGUAGGAUGACUGUAGAUCGCGGAGGCUGCAUUAUGACUCCAUCUACAGGGUACCCGUUCCCCACAGUGUUCAGUACCUGUAGUAAGAAGGAUCUGGUGGCGAGUCUGGAGAAGGGGGUGGGCAUGUGUUUAUAUAAUAUGCCGGAAGUCAAAAUGCUCUACGGGGGACAGAAAUGUGGUAAUGGAUACAUAGAGGAAGGAGAGGAGUGCGACUGCGGAGAGCCGGAGGAGUGCAUGAACCCCUGUUGUAACGCAACAACCUGCACUCUCAAAGGAGAUGCUGUGUGCGCUCAUGGACAAUGCUGUGAAGACUGCCAGCUAAAACCAGCUGGAACACAGUGUAGAGACGCCAGUAAUUCCUGUGACUUACCCGAGUUCUGCACCGGCACCAGCCCCCACUGCCCCGCCAAUGUGUACCUGCACGAUGGGCAUGCGUGCCACAAUGUGGACGGUUACUGCUACAAUGGCAUCUGUCAGACCCAUGAGCAACAGUGCAUCACCCUCUGGGGACCAGGAGCGAAACCCGCCCCGGGGAUCUGUUUUGAAAGAGUAAACUCGGCAGGUGAUCCCUAUGGGAAUUGUGGGAAAGACUCAAAAGGCUCCUUUGCUAAAUGCGAUGCAAGAGAUGCUAGGUGUGGAAAAAUUCAAUGCCAAGGGGGUGCCAACAGGCCGGUUAUUGGGACCAAUGCUGUUUCCAUAGAGACCAACAUCCCUUUGCAAGAGGGUGGGCGAAUUCUGUGCCGCGGAACGCACGUGUACCUGGGUGACGAUAUGCCUGAUCCGGGACUGGUAUUGGCGGGCACUAAAUGUGCUGAGGGCAUGAUCUGUUUAAACAGACAGUGUCAGAACGUCAGUGUGUUUGGAGUGCACAAGUGCUCGGGGAAGUGUAAUGGAAAAGGGGAAUGCAACAACAAGAAGAACUGCCAUUGUGAAGCUCACUGGGCACCUCCAUUCUGUGACAGGGCGGGGUUUGGCGGCAGCGUGGACAGUGGACCAAUGAGACAAGCUGAUGUGCGAGUUUGUGUAUUAAUGUGCGUGCUGUCGUAUGUGACAACAGCUGACAGCAGCGCUGUGGUCGUGGGCGCGCUGGUCACCCUCAUCUGCUUGCUGUCGACGGGGCUGAUCGUGUGCCUUAGGAGAAAGGCACUGCUUCAGAUGUUCUGCAUCAAUAAGAAGAGUGCAAUUCAAAAGCUCAGAUCCGUUGGGCGAAAGCAAGCACCCAGCGGCCCACAAACUCAAUCGAUCUUCAAGGUCUCACCUCAACACCUCAAGCCCCUCUCAUUACCUCUACACUCCAGAAGUAACAAUUCAUCUCACCCCAGUUCAGAACCUCUCCUCCCUCCCAACAACUUCCACAGUCUGCGUCGACUACAUGAAUGCCCCUCCAGGUGCCACCCGGUCCAUAUCAGUCACCCCAUGCCCAUCACACUGGGUGUUGGCACGGCGACAGGCCUGCAGACUCUACCCUCCGUCCCGCCUCACAGGACUCUGCUCGCACACACGCAGUCCCCGGGCAGAUCAGCAGGCUUUCACACACUUCCACGCCAGCUCCCUUACCCAAACCAUCAGGACCAUAAUAAACCCAACCCUCCACAAAAGCCACUUCCUGCAGACCCUCUGAUCAGAAACGACUGCGUGGGUCAAAGCAUUUCCAGAAUAGGAGUUCGGAUACCAGUCCCUAGACCUCUGCCUAUUCCGAUUCCAACAGUGCCAAGACCCCCUUCCAUACCACUGCCAAACAGACCUCUUCCAAGAUUACCACAGCCCAUCUAUGAUCACUGACACAUGGACACAUGGAUGGUGAAUUUCACCAGCAUCUUAACACUUCUUUGUUUGCACUAUGAAAACUGUUGGACUAAAUGACCACCCCUGCAGAACUAAACGGAGGGUCUCACUGAAAAGAGGGCUGACUUGACACCCUGGUGCUUUGCCUCCUCGAAAAAGGUGUUUAUUUGUCCUCAGGUACUGCAGAACUAUUUAAGAUGUAUAUUUAUUGUGACGAGAAAAAUAUUGUACUGUUUUUGACACUUUUUUACUAUAGGAUUAUUGUGACUUUUUAUUACAUGUUUUGCUUGUUUUUAAAAUAGGAAAAAGGGAACAUUAUGCUUUCCAUCACGUUU